AUGGCGAAUAUAGCUAGAGAGCUUCUAAAAAAGCAAUUUCUUGAAUUAACAAGGGAUCAUAAUGCUGGUUUUUCUGUUGGGUUAGUUGAUGAAUCUAAUUUUUUUGAAUGGAAUGUAUGUUUUGAAGGACCCAAGAAUACACUCUAUGAAGGAGGUAUUUAUAAUGCCACACUUUCUUUUCCAUCAGACUUUCCUAAUCAUCCUCCCCAAAUGAAAUUUACCCAAGAAAUGUGGCAUCCAAAUGUUUUUCCUGAUGGAAGAGUAUGUAUUAGUAUAUUACACCCUCCUGUUGAUAUUUAUAAUGAACAAGAAAAACCAGAAGAAAGGUGGAGACCAAUAUGGUCAGUAGAAGGUAUUUUAGUUAGUGUAAUUUCUAUGCUUAACGAACCAAAUUUAGAAUCACCUGCUAAUGUAGAUGCAGCGGUACAAUUAAAAAAUAACCUACAUGAAUAUAAAAGUAAAGUUAGAGCUCUUGCAAGAAUGUGCUAA